AUGAAGACUCUAGCAGCCCUAGGCAUUUUUUGCUCUCUUGCUACUGCCAAGAUCUCGUAUGAUGGAUUCAAAAUAUUCAGAAUUGAAAGUCCCGGUGACGUGGAAGAGUUUGAACAGACUCUAUCCAAUAUCAAGUCAAUUCUCCUAUCUAAAGAUCCCCAUAAUGAGGCCUUUGAUGUCGCCGUCCCACCUGAUCAACUACAAGCCGCCCGCCAGCUUGGGCUCGAGCUCACUACUCUGAUUGAUGAUCUUGGUGCCGUAUUGAAGACGGAGGGCCCAUUCUUAACAUAUAGCGCUACGGAGAAGAUUGAGGGAGUACUCGCUGAUCUCCCACCCUUAUCGUAUUUUGACUCCUACCAUCCAUAUGAUGAGCACCUUCAGUUUCUCAUCGACCUCCAAGCCGCGUUCCCAAACAACUCGGAUACCUUCUCGCUCGGCCCAUCUGUUGAGGGCCGUGAACUUCCGGGAAUCCACCUAUGGGGAGAGGCCGGGAAAGGCCUCAAACCGGCAAUUGUCUGGCACGGAACUGCGCAUGCCAGGGAGUGGAUUUCUGCGCCGACCGUAGAAUAUAUUACGUUUAAACUCAUCGAGGAGUAUCAAGCCGGAGACUCUGCGAUCGUCGAUAUCUUGGACAAAUAUGACUUUUAUAUCUUGCCAAUUGUCAAUCCAGAUGGGUUUAUCUACACUCACGAGUCUGAGAGGCUUUGGCGCAAGAACCGCCAACCCAGGAAUAACCAAACCUGCGUCGGUACCGAUGUGAACCGCAACUGGCCCAGCCAUUGGAAUGUUUCAGGGGGUUCGUCGCCAGAUCCCUGCUCCAACACCUUUCGUGGCGAGGCGCCCGGAGAUACGCCUGAAAUCCAAGCCUUGGUAGCCCAUAUCCUAGAUCUAGCCAACGGACCAGGAAUUAAAGCCUACAUAGACUGGCAUUCCUAUGGAAAAAAGAUCCUCUUGCCGUAUGGAUACAACUGCACGGCCUAUCCAGAUAACUAUGAAAGACAGCUGUCUGUGGGUACUGGUGUUGCCUCAGCGAUUGCGGGUGUGAACGGGCUUGAGUUCAGUGUUGGCUCGACUUGCACAGAUCUCUAUCAAACUGCCGGGAGCAGCACAGACUGGGCUUUUGACGUGGCAGGCGCUGAGUUCUCCUGGUUGGUGGAGCUGCGUCCUACAGCAGCUGAAGGCGGUUUUGUCAUCCCACCUGAGAACAUUUUGCCUUCUGGGGCCGAGCAUUGGGCGGGUAUCAAGUACAUGUUCAGCCAAUUGUAG